UUUGUGUUUACCAAUUCUUUCACUUAUCUUUCUUCUUUGGAAGUUGGCAGAAUUUGGAAUUCGGGGUAGUGAUUUGUUGGCUAGGAGAUUGUCUCCUUUUCCUAUAACCACCCCUUACAUCAUGAUAACUCCAGGCCAAACCAUAGACAUUUAAGUCAUUGCAAACCAGCCUCCCAGCCACUAUUACAUCGCUGCCACUAUUACAUCGCUGCUCCUUCUUUUGUUGACGGGAAUGUUUCAUUCCACAACAGCACCACCACUGCAAUUCUUGAAUACAACGGCAACUACAGCACCCCCUCAACCACUCCCUUUCCGACUCUUCCAGAUCACGAUUACAACACAGUUGCUGAAAACUUCACUAAGCAAGUAAGGGCCUUAGCAAGCGAAGACCACCCUAUUAGUGUCCCCUUAAACAUCUCAAUGUCGAUGUACAUUGCUGUUUCAAUAAAUGAAAGGAUUUGUACAAAUUCUUCUUGUGCUGGGCCAGAUGGAAAUGCGCUUGCUACAAGCUUAAACAACAUCAGUUUUCAAACUCCAUCUAUUAGUAUACUGCAAGCAUAUUAUGGGGGAAAUACCAGUGGAGGGUACGCAACUAAUUUCCCAGACGUACCACCUUAUUUUUAUAACUUCACGGGAGACGUAGCAAACAACACACUAUAUCCAAGCUUUGGGAUGAGGGUGAGGAUGAUCAACUAUGGUGAAGGAGUUGAGAUAGUCUUCCAAGGGACCAGCAUCAUUGCACCUGAGAACCAUCGAAUGCAUCUCCAUGGUUUCAGCUUAUAUUUGGUUGGAACUGGUUUUGGGAAUUUCAACAGUACGAUGUCACCUACGACCUACAAUUUGGUGGAUCCAACAGAAGUAAACACCAUUGGAGUUCCAAAGAAUGGAUGGGCAGCCAUCAGAUUUGUAGCUGAUAAUCCUUGAUGAGAUAAAGAAAAUGUGAGAUGAGAUUAGGGAGAAGUUGAUUCAAGAAGCACCUGAGUGUACUACACCUGAUUCUAUACAAGUGCCAUUAGAUGCUGAGUUUGGAAUCAUGGGUGAGAAGCUCGGGAGAAGGGGAAGAUCAAUCCAUGGUGUAGGUGUUUUUCCUUGCAUGGAGACCUCUAGCUCAUCCACUCCUUCUUCAAUGGCUUCAAGUUUUGAGUUGAGUGCAAUUUAUGAUCAGCUCAAGAUGCUAUUAACAAAUUUCGUCACUUUGCAAAAGGAUAAUGAAGAUUUGAGAGCCCAAUUGAGGUCUGUUUUGACUGCAUCUCAUGGCCAAACCAGCAACCGCUCUAAAGGUAGUAAUGGUGUCCAUAUUGAUGAUGACUAUUAUGAUGAACUAGCAAACCAGAAUCUUGAUGAGAACUGAUUUAGGGAUUAUAUCCAUAUGGAACAUACACUUGCUCUCUAGACUUACUUUUGGUUGUACAAAGUCUAGAAUUAGUUUGAGAUCUUUUAGAACAUAGUUGCUCUACACUUACUUUUGGUUAUACAAAGUCUAGAAUUAGUUUGGGAUCUUUAUUUUGGAACACACUUGCUCUAGACUUACUUUUGGUUGUACAAAGUGUAGACUUA